AUGGCGGGUUUACUCGAACAGAAUGAAAAGGCUCCUCGCCCGGCCACAGCUUCAUCCACCGAGCUGGGUGUACCGGGGACCGGCUAUAUCGAAACAGACCCGACCGCGGCAUUGAAGUACAUCAAAGCCAGUCACGUCGACCAUCCGAUCCGCUGGCCAGCUUGGAAAAAGUGGACCAUCGUGACUGUCUACUGCCUUCUCCAAGUGUUUGUCACCAUGUCCUCGACGACCUACGCGUCGGCAAAGGGAGUGAUCGAAGAGCGUUAUGGCGGGAACGAACAGACCGUCACUCUGGGCCAGAGCAUGUUCAUCGUGGGGACUGCCAUCGGACCCGUCUUUCUCGGACCUUUGAGUGAUGUCGAAGGGCGAAAAUGGGUCUAUGUCUGUUCCAUGGCACUCUUUGCUCUCCUCAACGUGGGCACCGCCCUGGCGCUCAAUCUUCCCAUGCUCAUCAUCUUUCAAUUUUUGGCCGGUGCGGCCGGGAGCACGGCGCUCACCAACGUGGCUGGGACGGUCGCGGACCUGUACGGAUCUCUAGAUGGAGCAGGCCAGCCCAUGGCCCUGUUCGUCAUGAGUGCCAACAUUGGCCCGGGCAUUGGAUCUCCUGUUGGCGAGUUGAUUGUUGAAAACACCAGCAUGGGUCGGCCGUGGAUAUUCUGGAUCAAUGUCAUCAUUGGCGGUGCCUUUGCCGUCGGGAUGUGCUUCAUCCCCGAAACGCUGCCCCGGGUGGUCAUCAGGAACGCUGCCAGGCGCCAACAGAACCCAGACCCCGAGGAGAACGUGGUUGCUCACCAACGCUUCGACCUGGUCCGCGAGACGGUGUUUGUGGUGACCAUGGCGCUGCGGAUCCUGGUCACCGAACCGAUUGUGCUCUUCUUGGGCGUCUUCAACGGAUUCGCCUAUGGUCUGCUCUAUCUCUACCUCGACGGGGUGUGGAAUGUUUUUGUCGUCAACAAUGGUCUUUCGUACAUGGCAGCCGACUUGACAUAUCUCAAUUUCGUCGUCGGCGCCUUUAUCGUUUUUCUCUUCUUGCCCGUCCAGACGCAUCUGUUCACCAGAGACCGACUCAAGCACGGCCACGCUCGUCCCGAGGCUCGAUUCCUGACAUCGCUGGUCACCGUCUGGCUGUUCCCGGUGUCGCUACUGUGGUUCGCCUUCACCUGCGACGGCAACACCAACUACUGGUCGCCCAUUGUCGCCGGCGCCGUCUUGGGAUUCUGCGACCCUCUGCUCUGGUUGAGCAUGCUCAAUUAUAUUGCCGACAGCUACACCAACUUUGCCGCUUCCGCGAUUGCGGCAUUCUGCAUCCCAUCUUUCGCCAUCGCCGGAGCGUGUACACAUAUUGGAAUUAUCAUGUUUGAGAAUAUGAGCGCCAAAUGGGCAAUGGCGGUGUUGGGUUUCAUCUCGUUCGCAUUGGUGGCCCUGGUCUAUGUGCUCUACUUUUUCGGUCCCAAGAUCAGGUCCGGGUCGAAACUGGCAAAGUAA